AGUCAACAUACUGGUGUGGCGUUUGGGAAAAGAAGUACUUUUGUGUAUUUCAUAGAUCAAACUUGAUAACAAAACGAAAAAAACAAACAAACAAGCAAACAAACAAGAAUUUUGAGUUAAAGUUAACUGUAAAAUGGCCUCCUCUCCAACAGCACUGCGUCCCCAAAACAAUAGCCAGAAGGAGCAUGUGAGGAUUUCGAAGCACCAGGAGUUCAACAAAGUUCCUGAGGAUUUAAGGGUCAAACAUUACACUGCUCAGUCGUCCAAAACAGGAGCUGAGAACAAAGACCCGAAUGAAUCUGCCAAACCCGCAAAAGGAGUUCAUAAACUGACAGGGGUCAGUAGGCUUCCUGUGCUUGCAAAAUCGCUCCAGCCGGCUGUAACCAGUGUAUCUCCAAAUCCGGCUCAUAAAAGAUGGGAAGAAAGGCCUCUGCUGGGUAAAGCUCAAAAGAGGAAGACCUGCACCAAGCCCGUCCCUUUCAAUUUGUCGCAGUCUUGGACCCGCAACCAAAAGGGCACUGAAGCUUCGUCUGAACCAGCAAUCAGGUCUAGAAAUCCCACAACCUGUCUGACUCAACAUACACCGGGGAAAACUCUCAGCGUCUCUCAACACGGAAAUAAGACUGGAGCUGCUUCUCAAAAUACUGCCUCGAGAGAAAAAUCUACAGAACAUACAGGCAAUACAGUGACGAAUCGUGUCUCUUUAAGCACAGAGAUUCACACAACUGCAGCAUUUAGAUUGAACAACGCAGAGAAAGGCAGUGACAUAGUAUCCGUGAUUCAGAAGGACUUGAGCACAAAACUGGGAAAUAUCACACUUGCACACUCGGAGCUUCCCAAGGAUGGAAGGUUUUCUUCUAAAGCUGGUGGGUGUGAAGAUCAAACAGGCUUCCGUCCAAGCACUAAAGGCUGUAUACAGACUCUUUUAUCGGCUGAUUGUAAAACAGGCGUGUCUGAAGGAGUGGGUAAUGCAGCAGCUGGUGGUCAGACUCCACGUGUUUCCAUAUGUCCAUCUGGACGCUCCAGUGUUUAUCUGCCUCAGAGAGUCUCGGUGAAGAAGAAGGGCUGUCGUGGUGUUGAGGCCAUGUCAGAGAACACCGUGCCGUUCUCCCCUGACCCAUCAGCCCUCCGCAGUAUUCUACUCAACGAGGGGGUUAAAGUCCGAGAUCCUGAUGGAGCGACACCGCGAGUGUCUACCUGCCCCUCAGGCAGAGGCACCUCCAUUUACUCUGCUCAGAGAGUACCUAUAAGAAAGCCUCAGACACACACAGCAGCAGCGAUUGGAGAACCUGCAGGAGGCACUGUAACGUUCUCUCCUGACCCAUCAGCCCUCCGCAGUAUUCUCCUUAAUGAGGGGGUGAGACAGGGAGCUGGACUGACACCCAGAGCCUGCCCCUCAGGCAGAGCAACCUCCAUUUACUCUCCUCGGAGAGUACCUGUGAAGAAAGCUCCAUCGGAAGCCUCGACAGCUGCAGGCGCUGUGUCGUUCUCCCCUGACCCAUCAGCACUUCAUAGUAUCCUGCAAAAUGAGGGUGUUAAAGUGGGCAGUUUUGGUGUAAUGACCCCUAGAGUGUCUGUCUGCCCCUCAAGAAGAGACACCUCUAUUUACACAGCUCAGAGAGUACCAGUGAAGAAAGCUCGAGCUGAAGAGGAAGCACACACCGGUGUCAGCCAAACUCCCAUCAGGAAGUGGACGCCGCAGCGGGUUCCUGCCUCCCAGACCCACUCUGUGAGGAGACUAAACUCUACGCAUAAACCACACCUCCUCAACAUCUCCCCUGGAUUUGGUGAAACACAAGCCCUCAGCACGGCCAGUUCCUCCCAGCAGGAAGAGGAAGUGGUUCAGAGGUUAUUUCAGGAAGAAGCAGAGCAUGAAGGGAACGAGCAGAUGGAGGACAGCGGAGACGAGGUUACUCCGGGUCAAUCGCUGCAACAUCACCAGUCUGCUGAAGAUAAAUUAAAGCAUGACAGUGAGACAGAUGCAGAAACAAACCUCUGCCGUUCAGAAAAAGAGAAGAUCCCAGCAGCGCAGCCAUUCAUCCAGGCACCGCACAGGCAGUCGGUCAUUGUCUUUUCAUCUGGUCCGAAGCUGCUGGCUCGGAAUGGUACUCAGACUCCCUCGAUUCAGGCGUCUCAGCCUGCAGCACAGCUACAGCCAUGUGCAGACCAAACCAACAGAUCACAGAGUGAACUGAACUCUGAGACAGGCAGACCAGUGACUCCUGGCAAGCUAUGCAAGACAAAAGCUUCUAGCCUCAGCUUGGCCGUGUGUACUCUGAGACGCCGCCUGCCGCCCCUGGAGGAGAUGUUUCUCGAUGAAGAAUGUGCUAUGUACACUUCCCGUCGGCAGUCAUGGCCGAGUCAGCCCCGCUGCUUGAACCCCGUGGCCUCGACACUCCUCUUUCAGGACUCCACUCGCUUUGUGCCCAUUAUCGUGACGUGUCUGAGCCCGAGUCCUGUUCCACACCGCUCCUCACCCAUCAAAGCGUGAACACUGAACACAAGCAUCUGAUUAUUUGUGUAGAUUUCCUGCAUCGUUAAAAGUGUCUCUCACUAAGUUUCACAGCCGUGACGUUGAUCGCAUUCCUCCAGUCUGAACUGUAUGACUGCAUGACGGUCUAGCUUGAGAAGAGACAUCGGAGCAUCUUCAAAAUGACGAGACGAGUGAAUCCGAGUCAGGGUCACUACAGACUGAACACAUGACGCAAAACAGUCUGAACUCCAGUGUAAUUCACAAUUGUUUGUCAGACCAUGUUUAUCAUUCGUGCUUUCCAGACUGUAUUAUUUUUAUUUGUUUUUUUUUAAAUACUCCUCAGAUUCUGUUAGAAUACACAGAUACCACUAAUUGUAGUUUCCUAACCUUAUACACACUUCUGACUUAAGUAAUUGGUUUUAUGUCGUUUAACUGCAUUUUUAAAUGAACCAUGCAAACUGGAUUGUAUUAAUUAUGUGUGUAACACUAAAGCUGUCAAGCUUUCAGUGCUCGUUCACUCACUGAGUGACUCGGGUCGUCGAGUAUCGUCCCAAAAGGCAGAUGGAAAUUGUCGGUUGUUUCUUGUGGAAGCACAUCUGCUUGUUUCAGAGUCUAUAUUUAAUAAUAAAUGUAUAUCAAGGACUUCAGAA